GGGAAGCCAAAAGCGUGUGCGAGGGCAUUUAUGCGCCAGGAGGGCCUCGGCAACACCACAGAGGGUGAGAGAAACACGAAAAGGCAACAAACAGUGACAGAUCUCAUGGUCUGCUCUGUGUUGUGUGUGCAGCAUGUCUGCAGACCGGCGUGCUUCGUAUGACUUUCUGUACAAGGUGAUACUCACAGGCGACACGGGAGUUGGUAAGGCAAGCAGACAGACACCAAAAGAGGUGUUUCCACCCAAUCACCAGACAGCUGGCCGGGCUCUGUGGGUGUCUGGCUGGCUGCUGGACAGGCAAGACGAACCUGCUGUCACGGUAUUCGCGCGAUGAGUUCAAUCCCAACUCCAAGGCGACCAUCGGUGGCUACACACAAAGAUGCAUGGUGAAUGUAUGUCGUUUGUUGUCGAGUCGAUGGAUGUACUAUACACAGGUGCCGAGUUUUCGUCCCGCAUUUUGGUUGUCGACUCGCACCGAGUCAAGCUGCAGAUUUGGGACACAGCCGGGCACGGUGCGUACGAGGAUGUGGGAUGGGAUAAACAGGCAGACGCUUGGUCAUUGAUUGCCUGUGUCCAUCCUCUGUGUGUUGUGUGCGAACAGAGAAGUACCGGGCCAUCACGGCGGCCUUUUACAGGGGCGCCAAGGGCGCGCUGCUCUGCUUCGAUAUCACUAACUCGUGAGAGAGGGGGAGGAGGAAAGAGAGAGGCGGAUCUGUGUGUGGGUGUGGGUGUGGUUGUCUGCAGCACGUCCUUUUCGUCUCUGUCUGGGUGGCUGGCGAGUGUGCGCGACAACAGCGACGACAAGUGCUGCAUCAUCCUCGUGAGCAUGGGACGACAGACUUCCACACACGCAGAUGAUAUGCCAGGCAGGCUGUCUGUCUGUCUGUCUGUGUUGUGUGUGUGCAGGUUGGGUGCAAGAGCGACUUGAAGGAGCACAGGGAGGUGUCCCGGGAGAAGGCCGAGAGAUUCGUCAAGGUGUCAAGACACACAAACAUUGUAUACACAACAUUGGAUACACAAACAUGGUGUUGUGCAGGAGCAUCAGCUGUACGGCUACAUGGAGACCUCGGCAAAGGACUCCAGCAACGUAGAGGUAAGUAGGAGGCUAGGUGGCUGACGAAACCUCAUUUGCAGGAGUACUCUAUCUGUCUGUGUCUGUGUGUGGCUGUGUGUUUAGGAGACCUUCCAGCGUGUGUUGGAGCACAUCUACCGGAAAGAGCUGGAGGACUUGCAACACUUCACCAGCAGAGAAGACGAUGACGGUCGGUACACUCAACACACAUUCACUCUUCGUGUGCGCAUCCAUCCAUCAAUCCAUCCAUCCAUCCAGCAAUCGAUCCGUCUUGUCGUGUGCAGAGUCCCCUGCGCACGACGACGAGAGGUUUCGGCAAUCGGGUAGUGUGCAGCUGGACGGCGAGAGGAAUGACAGCCAAGCGAAGAAGUCCACCUGUUGGUGCUGACUGAGGUUGGGGGCUGACUAAUUCAUAACCACCAUGUGUAUGUCAAUUCAUAGGCAUGCCGUCGUGAUGCCGUGUGCGUGUGAAUGUGUAUGUGUGUGUGUGUACUGUACAUACCUUCCUGUGUGGGUGAGAAUGCCUUUUUCCUCUUUAUGUGUACUAUGUGCGGUUGUGUGCAUGCCCAUGUCGAUGCUCUCUCUCUCUCUCUCUCUCUGUGUGUGUGUGUGUGUGUGUGUGUUACCGACCAGCUGCCGGGAGCACAUGCUCACGUGGAUACGCGAAUGGCCGUGUACAGACAGAUACUGAGCGUACUUGUCAAUCAUCCAUUCACAAUGCUUCC